GCCAGAUAAAUCUUACCAAGGUUGAUAAUCAGGAAACAAGUUGGGAAGUAGAGGAGAGGCUCUUGUAGCCUAAAUGUUCGUGGAAAUGGAUACUUGAUUGUGAUUCACGACUUUAUCUGUGGUGUAAUGUUGCCUAGUAUUAUAUAUGUAGUGGAAGGGAAGAGGAAAUGAAGCGUGGAGGAGCAGUUUUGUGGUUGGGAUACGUGAGGGCUCGGAUGAUAAUGGUGAGUCUUGUGGUUGCCAUCUGGAUGAUAUCUACUGUGGUAGAGGCUGCCCAACACCCUGGGCCUCACCCUCACCACAAUACACAUCAGUAUUACCACCCACUGAAACUUAAGCAUAAUGCUCCAUACCAGGUUUCAGCAUACACUCCACCACAGCUGGACUUGUAUGGUGAACGACAGGCUCCUGGCACUAACCAGGAAAGUGUCAAACAAGGUGAUAAUGAACAAGAAGAUGCAAUAAUGAAGAAAAGUUCUCACUAUGAACGAUCACUUGGAAUGUACAAAAAAGGAGCAGAUGACAGCAGUGGCUUGGAGGAGAUAAUUCACUCUGUUGUCAUCGAGGGAAAGUUUGGAGAAGAGAUUAGAGAAGAUAUUAACCAGACUUCUGAAUACUUGUUUGAGUUCAACUAUAAUGUAACAAAACUGAAGAAUAGUGCUGUGCGAGUAACUGUGAGCAGCCCUAUGAGUGGUUAUACUUAUCCAUUGCUGGUAGUUGUUCGGCAACAACGAGGGGUACUGUCAUGGCAGAUUCCCAUUGAGCCUCCGCCUAAUACACAAAUUUU